AUGGAUUUACCAAAGGGCUUCGUCAAAGAUGACAGGCGCAUCUACGGGGAUGUAGCAUCGCUCUCACAACCCCUUCCAUCCGAUUUCAUCAUCAGGAUGUGGCGCCUUUACACCACGACAAAUCUCAAGCUCGUCGACCCCACCGCUCGCCGCCUGGAAAACUUCUGGUGGCAGGUUAUGGGCAGCGACAGGUGUAAACUGAGAGCUGAUACCCUCGCCAAAAUCUGGGAACACAUUUCCUACGGCCCAACCUUCGUGCCUCUCAAGGGCUCGCCGAACCGUUGGGAGGGUCCGGCCACACCGCGUUUCAACAGUCAGCAUGAAUCUGACGUACUGUACAAUGCACAGCAAUCAGGCCAGAAUGUUAGGCUGAUCUCUGAACAGUCGGCCAUUAAGGAGCUGUCGGCUUCUUCGUCCCGACCGCCCCCGCCGCAUCCGAUCUUGAAGAAGUCAAGGGGAGAUUCGAAAUCUGGACCCCGUCCGACGGCUCGAUUCGUUUCGCCGCACGAAUCCGCUGAUGAGGACUUCAAAACUAGCGAAGGAACGUCUUCCGAUAGUACUGCUAACAGCGGGUUGGAAAUGCGUAUCUCGGCAUUGCCUUCGCCGGUCAAGUCGAACAAGAAGAAGACGUCGACUCCGACAAAGCGCUUUGUUGCAUCGGCAGCUAACAAAAGGCGUCCCGUUCUUCCCAGAAGAAUGAGCUCGCAAUCUUCCACGGGUUCUGACGUUAUGGCUAAGGACGUUGGGUCUGCAAAUGGAACCAAACAUGUUGGAAGUUACAACGUUGUUCACCCUCAUGCUGAAGCUGGUGUCCAGAACUCUUCUGUUUCUGAGGGGAUCGAGCCUCCUCCGAGCGCCAAAGCCCUAGGCAAACGGCCGGCGAAGCGCCCGAAUUUCGACUCGCCGAACCCGUUGAAAUCUCCGCCCAUCAUCGAGGAGCGGAGAGAGCCAGUCAUUUUGCAAACGGCGAGUCGUGCGCGGGCUCCCGCACCGCUGGACAAGUCAGUGACGGAACGGCCGACGCAAGAGACUAGCACGACGAGGCACGAAGGCCCCAAGACCCCCACUCACGUCCCGGUUUCAUCGCCGGGGCUUUCGUCACCAAGAAUGGUUGGAUCUUUCUCAUCUUCACGUUCCGUGUUCUCAGCUCCGCGGAUGGAGAGGACUGCAUCGAACUCGGACACUUACCGACCGCGAGAAGCAAGCAUUGGUUGCCCUUCCGCCCGAGGACUCAUAUCGGCUGCCACAGCCAAAACCUCAACAGUGGCCGCCGUAGGCCACGUUGAGAUACCUGGCGAGCCCGAUAAGCGAGUACUGGAAGCCUUGAGCACUUUCGACGAGGAAACCGAGCCUAAAGGGACUCCUAGACGAAUUUCUUCGUCGUCUCACUUCACGCCGACCAUGCCCAGCGCAACCCCCGAGGUUCCGCUGGCGAGGACGAGAAGUCAACUGACACUUCUACUGGAGCGCGAAAAAGAACGAAUCGGAGACAGGCCAAGACAGAGGUUCUAA